GUAUUGACAAAGGCAAAAUUCGAGGAAAGUUUACAACAAGCACUGGUCAAGUCUUUUAGAAAACGAAGUCUAUUUCGUUACCAAACCACCCCCUUUCUUCCUUCUCUUUCUCUCUCUUACACACACACCAAAAACUGUUACAAAACGAGAGAGGGUGAGAGAGAAGGAGAUCCAUACCACAAUGUCUGACAUCGUCAAGGAAGCUUGGAAAAAGUAUCUGCUAGCGCUGCAAAUUCACCCCCUCAGAACUAAGGCAGUUACCUCUGGGGUUCUGAUUGGAUGUAGUGACAUAAUUGCUCAAAAGAUCUCUGGGAUCAAAAAGCUUCAAUUGAGAAGAUUACUUCUUUUAAUGCUCUUUGGCUUUGCCUAUUCGGGACCGUUUGGCCACUUCCUUCACAAAUUAAUGGACAUCAUUUUUAAAGGAAAGAAGGGCAACAAAGCUGUUGCAAAGAAGGUUCUGUUGGAACAAUUAACUUCUUCUCCCUGGAACAACUUGUUCUUCAUGAUGUAUUAUGGUUUGGUGGUUGAAGGAAGACCGUGGGGUUUAGUCAAGAAUAAAGUCCGAAAAGACUACCCCUCUAUACAGUUGACUGCAUGGAAGUUUUGGCCCAUAGUUGGAUGGAUCAACUACCAGUAUAUGCCUUUACAGUUUCGUGUCUUAUUCCACAGUCUUGCUGCUUCAUGCUGGGCAAUCUUUAUCAAUUUGAAAGCAAGAUCCAUUGCAACUAAGAAGGCUUAGAAAGGAGGAGACCAUGUUUUUUUUUUCACUUCUUUUUUUUGUCUUGGUUCGACCUUAUUUAUCAAGAUCAGUCUGCAUCUUUCGGUAGUUAUAUAUUUCUGCCUGUAGUAUGCAAAAUUAUCAAUGUUUCAUAUGUAUCGUCGGUCAAAUUUAAUCGAAUUUAUACUUGUGGAGUGGUUUAUCCUAGAAAUCCUGAUUGGCUGAUCUUAUGUACAGAACUUUAGGCCCUCUAUUUUCAUUUGUUCCAUUUGCAGGGAAAUUUUGGGUUGAAGAAGCUUGAAAACUCUAAUGGCUUGCUAAAAAUAUGGACUGUGUAUAAAACCCAACCAUGGAGGUUUGUUGCUCAAAAUGGUUGCCUUUAGAGUCGAAUCUAUAGCUUCGCAGUUGUACGAG